CAGUGGGGCCGGGCCAGGAUGGAAAGGCCGCGGGAGCUCCCGUGCCCCGGCUACCGCAGCGCUCCCCUUGCCGUGCCGGCGGGGGCGCGGAACGAGGAACGCGCCGGGAGAGGGAGUCGUGGCGGGGCGGUGGCUGUGCCCGGGAGGAGGAGCGGCUCUACGGGGCCCCAGGUGUGGCGUGGGUGGGCCCACGCCGCGGUAUUUGGGGUGUGUUUGGUGUUCUGCUUUGCUUGGUUUUUUUUCCCUCUGUGUAGGAAUGCUUUCUGGGUGAGGCAACGAGACAGCUGGCAGCUGGUUGGAAAAGAACCUGUUGAGAUGCUGCCAGGGAACAGCUCUUCCGUGAAAGAAUUCCCCCCGCAGCCCUUCCGCCCGGGUAGGCCUGCCCGCUCCCGGCUGUUAUCGGCAGCUUGGCGGGCUGUGCCAGCCCCGGGCCCGCGGCUGCCGCCAUCGGGGAAGCCUAUCCCAGCCUCAGGAAUGGCACCGAACAGGUGGUCGUAGCAUGGUGCCCGAAGAUGUUGAAGUCUAGUUUGAAGCAUUCGGUGUGAUGCCUUAGGAAGGAUGAGCUGAAACAAAGAUUGGACAGAGCUAGAGAAUAAAGCUCACAAGAGGGAUAUCCCUCGCAGGAGCUGAGAACCAGGAAAAGAGCAGUCAUUGGAAACCUGAGUAGGAGACAAGCUGAAACAUGAGAUAUACUGCACGUUCUAGAAGUGAUAAUGCACUCCAUCGUUCCUGUCCCAUUAAUUUUUGUCAUGCUCCACCCAGCUGGACCGGACCUGGAAUCAUGCUGCCGACAGAGAUACAUUAGUGCUGUGAGAGCAGAUUAAAACACAGAUUGGGCUCCCGGUUGGAGUUUGAGACAAGCGGCCCUGAAUUCCCAGCCUUUGGGAUAGCAUGGGACAUUAAGACAGGUGACCGCAGCCAGGUCAAUGGGCGACUGAGAGUAACAGCAGGAGCCGGUGGCUGCCGAGCUUUUGGAUAAGGUGACGCCAGUGCGAUGGAUGAACACGGAGCGGGGAGGCAGAAGACGAGAAGGAGGAGCGGGACUGACGCCCCGGGGCAUCUACUGAAGAUUGUGUCAAAAUGGAUUGUGAGUAUAUGACGAGGAUCAACCGUUACCGUCAAAUACAUAAAGUUACAGUGGAAUAUGACAUCAUCGAUGAGAAGGGUCCACCUCAUGAUCCUGAGUUCACAAUUGUGGUCAAAAUAAACGGUAAAGAAUAUGGUAGAGGCACUGGUAAAAGUAAAAAAGAAGCAAAAGCAGUAGCAGCAAAAGAAACAUGGGAAAUGAUUGAGGAACAGCAAAAGAGUCCCUCAAAUGUGGCAACUGCAGAGUUAACAACAACUCAAACAACCUCAUCACCUGCACUAGGCAAAGAUUAUGUCAGUCUAUUAAAUAUUUUUUCACAAAGGAUGUGUCAAAUUGUUGAUUAUCGUCACCAAACUCGUACUGGAGAUGCCCAUGCUCCCACGUAUUCUAUUAGCUGUACAAUUAGUGGUCAUUUGUAUGGGAGGGGCACUGGACCUUCCCUAGCUGCUGCAAAACAAGCUGCUGCAAAGGAAGCAUGUGAGAAGAUAGAAGCUGAAAGAUCUAAUGGCAGUUUUACAUUUAGCAAAUAUAGCAAUGUUUCUCAAGUGCCAGCUGAGUCUGACUCAGAAAACAGCAUUUGCUUUGAAGACUCAUCUGCAAGGGUGGUAGAAAAAAUGAAAGACAUGGCAAUAUGUGAAAAGCCUUCACCUUGUCAGGGAAAUGCCCCAAGUUCUAUCCCUAAGUCCAAAAGAAAAUUGGCAGCUAAUUUUGCUAAUGUAAGAAGCAUGGAAGAGGGAAAAAAAAAGUCAGAUUCAAAUGAAAGUUGGCCAGAUGUGAACACAAAUACUGGAGAAGAGUAUGGGAAUCCACACACUGUCAAUAAAACAUUUCUCCAUCUCUUUGAAAAAAUAGAGCCUGUUGGUGUAGGUGGUUUUGGAAAUGUUUUCAAGGCAACAUCGAAGAGUGAUAAGAAAACCUAUGCAAUCAAACGAGUUGUAUUAACAGAGAAAGUAGAGCGUGAAGCAGAAGGACUUGCAAGACUUACACAUGAGAACAUAGUGCGGUAUCAUUGCAGCUGGGAAGGGGAUGACUAUAUAAAGUACCCAGACUCAAGCCAGAAUUCAGACAAAAAAUUUCACUGUCUUUUCAUCCAAAUGGAAUUCUGUGAACAAGGAACAUUGGAAAAGUGGAUUGAAAAACAUAGAGAAGACCCAAACUAUCACGCAAUGGCACAAAACAAAUUUUUACAAAUAGUGAAAGGAGUGGAAUAUAUUCAUUCUAAAGGGUUAAUUCAUCGAGACCUCAAGCCUCAGAACAUAUUCAUAUCACAUGAUGAUAAAGUAAAAAUAGGUGACUUUGGUCUUGUGACUUCUGUGGCAUUUGAGACUCUGACUGAGGACAGAGGAACAAAAUCAUAUAUGGCACCAGAACAGUUUGGGGUCAAAUAUGGAAAGGAAGUAGAUAUUUAUGCACUGGGAUUAAUUUGGUUUGAAAUUCUUUCGGCAUGCACUCAUCAUGAAAAAACUAAGGCAGGUGGGGAAGUAAUGUGGAUGGAAAGUCCUAGGAUGGUCUUCAGAUCAGGUAUGGCCUUCUGUUAGAAGAGGUGAGCCUCCGAAGUACUUCAUCAAACAAUUUCCAUCAGAGGUAUCUAUAAUCAGAAAGAUGCUUUCAACAGACCCUUCGGCAAGAAUCACUGUAUCUUAUUUACUUGACCUUGUUAAGUCUGCUGAUAAAGAGAAGGCACUUAGAAAUUAUUCUUAUUAAGUGUCCCUUCACACUGUUA